GAGAGCUUUCUGGGGCCCAGCCAAACUGGGGACCAGCAAAAUCCUGGUCCACUGUAAAGUUCAGCUGUGGUAUUUUAUAUUUAACCUGAAUAAUAACCACUCUUUUUAAAGAAGUGGAUGAGACUUGUGGCACUUGUUUACAGCCGGUUUGAAGCCCAUGGUGAGGCGGAGUGGCUUUCUAGCACCCUCUAUGGACCAGCCACUGCUGACUUAAGGAAGAAUUGAUCAGAUAUUGGAGGUCAAAGGUCAUGGAGCCUUGCACACUGGGAGUUUGCAGUGACCUUAUUCUGGGAGCUACCUUCUCAGUCCGGCGUGUAGCCGUGAGGAGGCAGAUCUGGCUCCCAGAAUCCCAUCAGAAGUUUAAAGUCUGGUGACGGCCCCAUCACUAAAAUAACUUCUGAAACCCCAAUGAUGCUGAUAAUUACUGCAGACCACAAACACACCAUUACAGAGAGAUAGUAAACCUGCUGAUUUACCUCAAAUGCCACAUUCAGCUGACUGUGCCGUGUGUGUAUGUGCAUGUUUGUGUGUUUUAACACUGUCAGUGUGAACUUUGACCCCUACACCUGCUGUCAGGUGAGCAGAGCUGCUCAUGCUGUAAAUCCAAUGGCUUCAAAGUUCACACGUUGACAUCACAUGAAGACACUUUUCCUCUUUAUGGUGAGCAGAUAAGAGAAAAACCAUCAGACUGCAUGAGUGGAUUUUAUUCAGCACGUCUUUGUACCUCUCACUCUGUCUCAGAUUCUGCAGCUGAAGGAAUAAAGAAGAGGAGAGAAGAAGGAUGGAGGGCGAAGAGGAUGGAGCGGGGCGGGUCAGGGAGCUGCAGGAGCAGCGGAUGGCGGUCCAGAAGAAAACCUUCACCAAGUGGAUGAACAGCGUCUUCACUAAGAACGGGGAACCAGUGGAGCUGACUGAUGUUUACACCGAGCUGAAGACCGGGGUGGUUCUGGUACGUCUGCUGGAGCUCAUCUCCAGAGAGAAGCUGCAGACGCCCAGCCGCCGCAAACUGAGAGUACACUGUUUAGAGAACAACAGCAUCGCCAUCAACUUCCUAAAAACGAAGAUUCGGGUCGAUCUGAUUGGUCCAGAAAAUGUGGUGGAUGGUGAUCGUACUCUGAUCCUCGGUCUGCUGUGGAUCAUCAUCCUCAGGUUCCAGAUUGGACCCAUUAACCUCGACGAGGCCGGAGGCGGUGGAAGUGUGGCUCAUCGCUCAGCGAAGGAGGCUCUGUUGAUCUGGUGUCAGAGGAAAACGGCGGGCUAUGAAGGCGUUGACGUGCAGGACUUCUCGUCCAGCUGGAGGAGCGGGCUCGCCUUCAACGCUCUCAUCCAUGCACACCGGCCUGACUUGUUUGAUUACCGCCGUUUCCAUCCUGAUGACCCCCGCCGUAACCUGGAGCACGCCUUCUCAUUGGCGGAGCGGGAAUUUGGCAUCAUGCAGCUGCUGGAGGUGGAUGACAUGGUGGUCCCUCACCCUGACGAGAAGUCCAUCAUGACCUAUGUGUCUCUGUACUACCACUACUUCUCCAAGAUGAAGCAGGGACAGACCAUCCAGAAGAGACUGGCCAAGAUCGUCGGCAUGCUGAUGGAGCUGGACGCCAUGAAGGUCCAGUAUGAGAGGAUGGUCUCGGAUCUGCUUCACUGGAUUAAAACUAAGGUGGCGCAGCUGAACGACAGACGUUUCCCAAACUCUGUGAGGGAGAUGCAGAAGCUGAUGACGGCUUUUAAGACCUACAGAACGGUGGAGAAACCUCCAAAAUACCAGGAGCGUGGGGCAAUCGAAGCUCAUCUGUUCAGUUUGAAGACUCAGCUGGCAGCAAACAACCAGAGAGCUUAUAAUCCCCCAGAGGGUAAAACUCUGAGUGACAUAGAGAAGAGCUGGGUUUUACUGGAGAGAGCUGAACAUGAGCGUGAGCGAGCCCUGCAGGGGGCGCUGCUCCGCCUGGAGAACCUGGAGCAACUGGCCCAGAAGUUUGAAAGGAAGGCGGCGCUGAGGGAAGGGUACCUGGAGGACACGCUGCGUCUGAUUCGCAGGCAGGACAUCAGAGGACUCUCCACCCUGGAGGAGGCUCAGGCAGCCGGUCGGCGUCUGGAGGCUCUCUCCACCGACGCUCUGGCCAGAGAGCCACGCUUCGCUGCUCUGAGAGACAUGGCCAAGACCAUCGAGAGAGAAAACUACCACAGCAAGGAGCAGAUCAUCAGGAGAGAGGAGAGCAUCAGUCUUCGAUGGAAGGAUCUUCUGCAGCAGCUCCAGGACCAGCGGGGGCUGCUGGGAAAUGUAGUUGAAAAUCUCAGCGUCCUCAGAGACAUCGAGCUCGUCUCCCAGGAACUGAAGGAGCUGCAGUCUCAGGCCAGCUCUUCUGAACUGGGCAAACAGCUAGCUGAGGUGGAGUCUCUCCUCCAGAAACAGGAUCUCCUGGAUGCUCAGAUCUCUUCCCACGGUGAAACCAUCAGCACCAUCAGCAGCAGAGUGCUCAAAGUGAAAGUGAAAGAUGUUCAGCAGAUUCAGAGCAGAGUGAGAGCUCUUGACACACAGUACAAAUCUUUGGUGUCCCUCAGCAGCACCAGGAGGAGACAGUUGGAGGCUCAGCUCCGCUUGUUUGAGUUCUUCCAUGACUGUGAAGAGUUGGAGGCUUGGCUUUAUGAACGCUGGCUGAGGCUGCAGACAGCUGGACUUGGACGAGACGUGAACCACAUCCAGCUGGCCCAACACAAACAUAAGGUGCUGGAGGCGGAGAUUCAGGCUCAGGAGACCCUGUAUCAGGGGGUUCUGGGUCGAGGUCAGGACCUGCUGUCCAAACAGGAUCAGGGGAACCAGCGAGCGAUCCAGAAGUGGAUCAGAACACUGAAGAAGCAAUGGAGCAACCUGAGCGAUGAGGCGACAGCACGGCGCGACAGACUGCAGGCUGCCGCCACCAUAAAACAGUACUUUGCAGAUGUGGCAGAGGCUGACUCCUGGCUGGGUGACAGGAAACCACUGCUGACCAGCGAGGAUCAUGGGAAAGAUGAGUCGAGCACGGCGGCUCUGCUGCAGCGCCACCAGCGACUGGAGAAGGAAAUGGCGGCCUACGGUUCGGAGAUCAGAAGACUGUCGGAGCAGGCGAGGAGCGCCGCACAGCUGACAGCUCUGACUGUGGAGCCUCAGCAGAAAACUAUGGAUCAAUACAGUGACUCAUCUGGAGAGGAGGAGGGGCCAAAGGCAGUGACAUCACCUGCAACACGUAGCUCCAGAGGUUCCGGGAGCUCCGCCCCCCAGCGCGAGGACAACAAGGCAAAGGUUCGCUUCCGAUACAGCAGAGGUCAGUAUCAGUGGGAUCGUAAUGAGAUUGUGACCAUCAUCAGCGCUGAGGCAGAUGAAGAUCGAGUCCUCGCCAAAGACAGCCGAGGAAACCAGCAGCGCAUCCCCAAAACCUACCUGGCUAUGAUGCAGGCCUCGGCUCCUCCCCCUACACCGCCUGCCUCCACCAAUGGCAUCCCAGAAAGCCCGACCAGGAAGACGAGUCGUCCCAGGCGCAGCCGCUCGAUGCGUCGCAGCACGACUGAGCUCCAGACAUCAUGGCUGCCUGAUCCACAGUACCAGAGAGAGACUGUGGAGAGCACACAGGCCGGCCUAGACCGGGACUACAACUCCCUGUACAGCCUGGUCAAGUCAAAGACGAAGAGUCUUGAGGAGAUGCUGCGUCUGCACCGGUUCUACAACAGCUGUCAGGAGUUUGAGUCGUGGAUGGAGGACAAGGAGAACAUCCUGAACACCUUCAGCACCGACAACGACAACCUGGGAGUGGUCCAGGCCAAAUACGAGAACUUCCUGACUGAGUUGGUGAGUGGGCGUGGCCAGCUGGAUGACAUCAUCAGAAUGGCAGAGGAGCUGGUGAAGAGCCGACACAGUAAACAGAGAGAGAUCCAGGCCCGACAGAGGAGCGUUUCUAAACGGUGGGAUCGGAUCCAGCAGCUCAAGGAUGAAAAAGGACAUGAGCUGCUGAGCACGGCCGACGUCCAGACGUUCCUGCAGAACUGUGAGGAGGCCAAAGCUCAGCUGCAGGGUCAGCUGGAGCGGCUCGAUGUCGUGGAUGUGGGCUGUAGCCCGUUCACCUUGAAGACUGAGGAGGAGAACCAGAAUCAGGCCCUCAGGGACAUCCAGAUCCUGGAGGGCAAGAUCGCCUACCUGAAGAGCAUCGCCAAGAUGAAGCAGGAUUGCAGUCCAGCAGAGAGCGCUGCCAUCGCGGCAGAGGUCCAUGCUCUGGAGGCUCUCCUGAGUCAGCUGAAGCAUCAGGCUGCAGACAGACAGAAGAACCUGGAGGAGGCUCGAAGGCUGCAGAGCUUUCAGCAGCAGGCCAAAGAGCUGCAGCGCUGGACCAGCUCGGCGCAGGACCGCCUCCUUCAGGAGGAGACGGCCACCGAUGUAGCCUCAGCCCUCGCUCUGCUCGAGCAACACCAGGAGCUCCAUCUGGAGAUGGAGGAGCAGAGGAGGAGGUUGAAAGAGAUGGAGAAGUUGGGGAAUUCUCUCCAGCGGGGCUCGUCUAGUGGGGGUGUGGAUAUCCGACAAACCCUGGACAAACUCAGCGCUGAUUUGUCAAAGCUCGACAAGAUGUGGCACGGUAGGAAGGAGCUUUUGGAGCAGGAGGUUGAGCUCCAGAGGCUGAACCAGGAAGGAGAUCGGAUUGAGGCGGCGCUGUCUGGACAUGAAGCACGACUUAAAGUCCAAGAUGUCGGGGACUCGGUUGACAGCGUUCACAGUCUGCUAGGGCGACAGGAAGAGCUCGAAGGUCUCAUGAAGGCUUUGGACCAACGGGUCGAUAAUUUCACUGAACGCAGUCAGGAGCUCAUCAACAAGCAACACUACGCUGCAAAACACAUUAAGGAGAGAAGCAGAAGCAUCCAGAAGGCCAACAAGAAGCUGAAAGAGAGCAGCAAGCAGAGGAGAAGCCAGCUGCAGGCCUCAAUGAAAUAUCAGGAGUUCCAGAGAGAUUCAGAUGAGCUGCUGCUGUGGAUGGAGGAGAAGUUUAAGGUAGCGGAGGACGAGUCGUACCGAGAUCCCACCAACAUCCUCCGAAAACUGAAGAAGCAUGAAGCGGCUGAGAGAGAGAUGCAGGCCAACCAGAUCAGACUGGACAGACUGCUUCAGCUGGGGGAGCAGAUGCUCGCUGAAGAUCACUACAACAGUCAGAGUAUCAGGAGGAAAUCCACUCAGGUCAGCAGCCGCUGGAGGAGACUUCAGGACAAGAUGGCCGACAGAGGAGACAAACUGAGGCAGGCGGGACAGCAGGAGCAGCUGAUGGAGCUGCUGCAGGAUGCCAAGCUGAAGAUUGAGGCCAUCCAGUGGAUGCUGAACAAUGCUGCCAAAGGCCACGAUCUCCGUUCCAGCCGACAGCUUCUGAAGGAGCACCAGCAGCUGGAGCAGGAGGCCAAGGAGCUGGCGGAGAAGAUCAACUCCAUCGUCAGCAGAGCCAAACACCUCGCCUCCAAUCACUUCGACUCUCAGAGGAUACUGAAGGAGACUGAGACUUACCUCACUCUGUUCAAGUCCCUCCAGAAGCCCCUGGACCGCCGUCGGGCUCAGCUUGAAGCAUCAGUGCUACUGUUUGGGUUUUAUCAUGAUGUGGACUUGGAGCUCAGCUGGAUCUCUGAACAUGUUCCUGCACCAGGAUCGACAGGAUACGAUAAAUCUCUGGCUGGAGCCAUCAGCCUCAUGCAGAAACAUAAGGAGUUACAGGCAGAAAUGAAUGCCCACCAAAAGUACCUGAAUCAUGUCCUGGAGAAGGGGCGGGGCUUGGCCAAAUCAAACAAAUCAGAUGGAGAGGAAGUGCUCCAGAGGUGCAGCCACCUGUGUGCUGAGUGGGAGGAGCUAGAAGAGGCCUGCAGCAAAAGAGCAGCUCACCUGAGCAAGGCCAUCACCAGAGAACAGCUGCUGUUGGACUGCUCUGAACUUGAGUCCAGGCUGACCGAGACUCUCAGUUUGGUGAACACAGACGACUACGGCAAAGACCAGCUGGCCACGCAGACUCUCCUCACCAAACACCAGGUGCUAGAGGGUCAGCUGGAGGUGCUGGAGGUGGAGGUGGAGGAGUUAGGAGACCAGGUGGAGCAGGCGGUGCAGAACUGGAGGCUGGAGGAGCUCAGCCGGCCGUACAGUCGGCUCAGCAGUCUGAACCAGCAGCUGCAGCACCAGGCCGCUCUCAGGGGUCAGAGGUUAAAGGAAGUCCUCCAUCUGCACGAGUUCAGCCGAGAGUCGUCUGAGUUUGAGGACUGGAUGAACCAGCAGAGACAGACCGCAGAGUCCCAGGACCUGGGCAAUGACUACCAGCAUGUUCAGCUGCUUCGUGGGAAGUUUGAAGGUUUCCUGAAGCAGCUGGAGGUCGGAGAGGACCGACUGCAGAACUGCAGCGACUUGGCAGCUCAGCUGAUCCGGAGCAAACAUCCUCAGAGCGCCGCGAUCAGAGAGACGCAGCAGCAGCUGAGUGCAUGGUGGGAGGAUUUGAAGGGCAUCUCCAGGGAGCGUCAGGAUCAGCUGCAGAGAGCUGAGGAAUGUCACCGCUUCUAUCAGGACCUGGCUGAUGCGCUGAUGCUCAUCCAGGAGCGUCAGAAGAGCAUCCCUGAUGAUGUGGCGAAGGAUUUAAGUGGAGUGAUGUUGCAGCUGAGAAAACAUGAAGCUUUGCUCCACGAGCUAGCCGCUACGGAGCAACAGUUGCAGGAGCAGUUGGACGCCAUUGAUCCCAUUUUGGACCUCUGCACGCCUCAGUUGAAGCUCCGCCUACAGGAUGUGCAGCAGGAAGUAGUGGAGCACUGGGAGGAGCUCCGCCUCCAAGCAGAGAAGAGGCAGGAGGCGCUUAAACUGGCGUGCCAGAGAUACAUGUUCCUGAACACGGCCCAGGAUUAUCUCCUGUGGUGCAGCCAGCUGAUCGGAGCGAUGGCUGCUGAGGAGAGCAUCAGUGACGUGGCGACCGCCGACCUCCAGCUGGCUCAGCAUCAGCAGCUGUGGGCCGAGAUGGAGGCAAGGCAGGAGACAUAUCAGCAGGUUCUGGACAUGGGGGAGGAGCUGCAGACUCAGGACAGACGAAACAGGAAGGAGGUGCUGGAGAAGCUGGAUGCCCUGCAGGCAGAGCGAGACAAACUAGAGGAUCAGUGGAACCAGAAACAAGCGUGGUUAGAGACCGUUCACCUGGAGCAGAUGUUCUACAGAGACGUCAACAGCACGGACAAAACAUCCAGCUCACAGGAGAUCCUGCUGCAGAACAGCACUCUGGGAAACACGGUGGAUGAGACGGAGGGACUGAUCAAACGCCACGAAGCCUUUGAGAAGCUGCUCAGCUCGCAGGAGGACAAGCUCUCUUCUCUGAAGGAGCUCUCUGAGCGCCUUAGGAAGCAGCUGAGCCGAGAGAAGAGUGGCCGGGUGAAAUCCAAACUCAAGGCCCUCCUCCAGCGCCGAGAUAGGAUCAAGGAACUGUCCGUCAAACGUAGGGAGGAGCUGGAGCUUUCGAAGAUGCUGUGCAUUUUCAACAGGGAUGUUGCAGAGGCAGAGGAGUGGGUAUCAGAGCGGAUGCAGAAGAUGGCAGAGGAUGGUAAAGCUGAUCUCAGCAACCUGCAGGCAAAGAUGAAGCUUCUUCAGAAACAUCAGGUGUUUGAGGCCGAGAUCCUCGCUCACAGUGAGAUUAUCGCCUCUGUGCUGCUGGCUGGAGAGAAGCUGGUCUCCCUUCGUCAUCCGAGGUCAAAGGAGGUGAAGAGGAGCGCAGCAGCGCUGGAGCUCCACUGGGAGGAGCUGAAGAAGGCGUUAGCUAUCAGAGGGAAAGCUCUGGAAGACAACAGAGACUUCCUGGAGUUCCUGCAGAAAGUAGAGGAGGUGGAGGCCUGGAUCAGACAAAAGGAGGUGAUGAUCAAUGUUGGAGACGUUGGGAAGGACUAUGAACAUGGAGUUCAGCUGCUGAAGAAGCUCAGCGAGUUCAGAGGAACAGGAGACGGGGAUAUGACGGUGGACGAUGCUCACAUCACAGCGAUCAACAGGCUGGCUGCUCGACUGGAGAAGAGGCAGAGUGAUGAAGAGCUGAAGACGGUGAGACAGAGGAGGCAGCAGCUUAACGACAGGUGGAGUAAGUUCCAUGUUGAUCUGAACAGUUACAAGAAGAAGCUGGAGGGGGCGCUGGUGGUCCAUGGCCUGAUCAGAGAACUUGAGGAGGUCAGAGACAGAGCCAACGAGAAGAUGCUCCUCCUGCAGGGUCAGGACUGUGGCGUGGAUGUGGACAGCGUAGAGAACCUGAUCAGGCGCCACGAGGAAACUGAGAGAGAGGCCAGGGUCAUCCAGGAGCGAUCAAAGGCACUGGAGAAGGAGAUCUCAAACCAUCUGAAGGAUCGAUCAGUGAUGAGCGACAAGCUGAAGAACAAACAGAAGGAGGUCCAGAAAGUUCUCCAGACUCUGGACAAGGAGGUGAAACAAAGGAAGGAGAAGCUGCAGGAGGCUCAUCAGCUGCAGCUGUUCAAAGCUAACCAGCGCCUCCUGCUGGAGUGGAGCGUUAAACAGAGCAGUGAGAUGGCAGAGAAGGGACUUCCAAAGACCCGUGCCGAGGCAGACCGGCUCCUUAGAGAGCAUCAGGACUGGAAGACAGAGAUUGAUGCCCGUGUGGAGCGCACAGACUCCGUCCAGGACUAUGGUCAGGGUCUGAUCCGGUCUGGUCACAGUUCUAGGGCAGAGAUCCAGAAGGCUCUGAAGCAGCUGGAGGAUGCUAAAUCAGGACUGGACCGAGCCUGGCAGAACCGCAGCAUGAUGCUGGAGCAGGCACGAACACUGCAGGUGUUCCUGUCCUCAGUGGAGCAGUGGGAGAGCUGGCUCAGUAACAAGGAGGCCUUCUUAUCCAACCAGGACCUGGGGAGCUCAGUGACGGAGGUGGAGACUCUGCAGAGGAAGCACGCUCAGUUUGAAGAAGCUCUGGAGGCUCAGGUGGAUCAGCUGGAGCAGGUGGAGAAACUGGCGCAAGAGAUGAUCCAGAAGAAGCACUACGACUCGGACAACAUUAGGGCCAAGAGCAGAGCGCUCAACAGCAGGCGGAGCCAGCUGCAGCAGCAGAGCAGGUCUCGUCACAAAGCUCUGGAGCGAUCUCUUCAUCUGCAGCAGUUCUUAUCAAGCAGCUACCAGGUUUGUGUGUGGCUGAACGAGCGUAACGCCGUGGCGUUGGAUGAGAACUGGAGGGAACCAACCAACCUGCAGGCCAAACUGCUGAAACAUCAGAGCUUUGAGGCCGAGAUCCUCGCUAACCGCUACAGAAUCGAUGCAUUAACCAAAGAAGGAGAGAAGCUUCUGGAGUCCCGUUCAGUUGAAGUGAAGGUUCGACCUCGACUCAGAGAGCUGUCGGACAGCUGGGACACUCUGAUCCGCAACUGUAAGGAGAAGAAGACCAGACUGCAGGAGGCCUACCAGGCGCUGCAGUUCCAGCGUUCCCUGGAUGACAUGGAACAGUGCGUGGCUUCAGUGGAGAGAGAACUGACCAAUGAGGACUGUGGAAGCGACCUGCCGUCUGUAAACAGACUCCUGAAGGCUCUGCAGGGUCUGGAGGAGGAGGUGGAUGGACACAGAGACCGAAUACAGGCUCUAGUAGAAACGGCAAAGAUCUUCCAGUCUCAGGGAAACUUCCUGGCUGAAGAGAUCCAGAUCAGAGUGUCACAGACCAUCAACAGAUACAACAGUCUGGCCGAGCCCCUGCAGAAUCGGAGGGACACCCUGGAGGCCUGGCAGGUUCUGUUUCAGUUCUACAGAGACGUGGAGGAGGAGGUUUCCUGGCUCAGUGAAAGACUGCCGUCUAUCACCGCUAAAGAUUUGGGCAGCUCUCUGAGCAGCACCCAGCAGCUGCUCCACAAACACCAGGCUGUGGUGCAGGAGAUUUCAGGCCGCGCCCCAUUGGUCCAGGCCGUUCAGGAGGCGGGACAUAGUCUGGUCAGAGCUCGCCACUUUGCAUCUCAUGACAUCAAAGAGCGUCUGGAGGAGCUGAAGAGUCUGAACGAGGAGCUACAGAGGGAGGCCGAGAGGAAGGGGAAACUCCUGCAGGAGGCGCUCAGCAUCCACGCCUUCCUUGCUGAGGUGUUGGAGCUGCAGCUGUGGCUGGAGGAGCAGCAUGCAGGUUUGGAGUCUCGGGACUGCGGGAGGAACGAGGAGGUGACGGAGGCUCUGCUGAGGAAGCUGGACUCUGUGGAUGUGGAGCUGGAGAACCAGAGGAAGACGGUGGAGAGGCUGAGGGAGAGCGGAGCCUCACUGCAGCACCUCCGUCAUCCCAACAGCCACCUCGUCUCCGAGUCUCUCCCUGGUGUCCUUGAACGCUUCGAGACCCUCCUCCGACUCUCAUCCACUCGUCGAACCGCUCUAGAAGACCAGCUCCGCCUCUACGUGUUUGAGAGAGAGGCUAAAGAACUACAAACAUGGCUGACCUCCAAGAAGGCUGUGGCAGAGUCCAAAGACAUCGGACAAGAUCUGGAGGAUGUGGAGGUCCUCCAGAAGAAGUUGGAGGUUCUGGUGUCAGAGAUGUCUGGUCUGGGUCGAAGCAGACUGACUUCGGUUCAGCAGCUCUGCAGAGGUCUGCAGCAGGACGAUCAGGCUCGGAGGAGAGACGACGCUCUGAGCCGACUGUGGGAGGAUCUGAACAGCAGCAUCAGGGCGAGAGAGAAGGAUCUGCAGUCAGCGAGGGAGAUUCAUCAGUUUAAUCACGAUGUGGACGAGCUGAAGGGCUGGAUGGCGGAGAAGGAGGCUGUGCUCGACUCAGAGGACCAGGACCAUGACCUGCACUCCAUCCAGACUCUGCUGAGACAACACGAGGCCCUGGAGAGAGACCUGGAACUGAUCUCCGAGGAGGUGAAGAGGAGCAGAGAGGAAGGCCGGUCUCUGAGCAGACGACAGCCUCAGGUUCGACCCGCUGUGACCCAGAGGCUGGAGGAGCUGGAGCUCUGCUGGAGCAGCAUCCAGGACAAAGCCUCGCAACGCCGCGCCAGACUGGGCCAGGCUGAAGACGUGCAGAAAUACUUAUCACAGCUCACUCAACUCAUGAACUGGCUGAAGGAGAUGCUGUCUCUGGUACGAGUGGAAACUCUCAACAUGGAGGGGGCAGACCUGGAGCAGCUCAUUAAAAAACACGAGGAGUACCGGGUCCAGAUCGACAGACAGCUCAGCAAAUCACAGACCGUAAAGGAGGAGGGGGGGAGACUGGUGGAGGAGGGAAACUUCAUGUCCAAAGAGGUGGAGGAGCGUGUCUUGGAGCAGGAGGAGCUGGAAGUGCAGCUGGUGAAGGUUUGGGAGGAGACCAGGCUGUUUUAUGAGGAGGAGCUGGAGAUCUCUGUGCUGCAGAGGGAGCUGGAGCAGGCGGAGCGCUGGCUCAGCUCCUACGAAAACACGCUGAUGGCCGAGGACUACGGAGACUCUGUGUCGGAUGUUAUGGAGCUACUGAAGAGGCAGGAGGACUUGGAGGCCAUGAUCCAGGCACAGAACGACCGCUUCAUAGCGCUGCAGAAGAAGAAAACUCAGAGGGAGAGGAGACUGAAUCUUGGUGGAAAUGAGAGCAUCGACUCUGAGGACAGAAAACCUCCAGCCAGAGUUUCAUCUCUGAGGAGGAGGCCGUCUGAUCCAAAGACGCCAAAGAGAGUCAGCAGCGGAAGGACAGACAGAGCGAUUCGACCGUCUGUUCUCGACAGGAAAACGGGUCUAAUAACCUCUGCUGGUUCCACACCGAGUCCGCCUCUCCACUCAGACUCUUGGAGAAGCUUCAGCACCAGCAGAAAGUCUUUGGAGGCAGAGGAACAGUCGAGCAGCUCUUCUGAAAGUCCUGAAUCCAGCCCGACUCUGAAGAGGAGGACAAGUCAAAUCAGCCGCUCCGACUCCUCUACGACUGUUCCUUCAUCUCCUCCACCCAAACCUCCCUCCUCCCCUCACACCGCCAUCUCUGCUCCUGAGGAGGAACCACGACCAAGAGCCAGGUCUAAACCUCCUCUGGCUCCAAAACCCAGACUCUCCUCUACAGAGCGAACAUUUGAGCGCCACGUUGAGAAGCCGACUACACCCCCUGAAUCUCCUCCUCCAAUCAGAGCGCUCGUUGCUCCUACUGAGCCUCCUCCACCGCCGCCUGUCGCUCAGAGAGCCUCUCCUCCUCCAUCGCCAUCUCCUCCGAUGAGGAAACGCUUCCAAAAGCCACCUGAUGUUCCUGAUUCUCUACCUGCUGCUACAGACGUUACACCACCUCACUCCCUACCUCCUGCACCAAUCAUAGAGGAGGAUGCUGCAUCAGCUGACCUCGCUCCUCCAACCAGAGAGCUGCCUCUGUCUCCUCCACCGCUACAGCUGACAUUAGAAGACGUACCAGAGGAGGAGUCCAGCCUGCCUGGCUCCAAACAGGAGGUAACCGCCACAGGGGCCGUCAGGAUGGAGGGGACGCUGGAGAUCAAACUGAAACAAGGAGGGAACAAGGGUCUGGAUCACUGGGAGGAGGUGUUUGCUGUCCUAGAGGGAGACACGUUCAGCCUGUUUAAGGACAGAGCGGCUGCUGAAGAGAGGACCUCUAGGUGGCCUCCUAUCAACAUGGUUGGGGCUGUUUGCAGAGAGAACGUCUACUACAGGAGGAAGGAGCACACGUUUAAACUCAAUCUGGAGGAUGGCAGUCAGUACCUGUUUGCAGCGUCCAGCAGAGAGCUCCAGCAGCUCUGGAUAAAGAAACUUCAAAACCUCCCUAAAUCUGCCAGCAGCGACUCUGAAGACUCUGGGAGAGCGUCUUCAGUCAACCUGAGUUUGGAGAAGUUAGCCGAAGCUCCGGAUGAUUCUCCCCCGACCCGGACGUUUGACAAGAGAGCUGAGAGCCUGGAGAGACAGUCCUCCACUGAGGGGACGCCUCCUCCCAAACCCCCCCACACGUACUACAACAAACAUCGCUACCCCGAGGAGGAGGAGGAGGAGGAGGUCCGGAGCACAGGUUCACUAAGUCACCAAGUCCAGCCCCCUUCUGUGGCUCCGCCCCCACCCCCAGACACCAAGGACCCCCCCACUUUGUCCUCCCCGGUGUCCGAUGACAUCCCGAACAGGUCGAGGAGGAACGUCUUCAGGAAGUUUUUCACUAAGAAGUAGAGCUGAUGAAGACUUUGGGACGUUAAUGUUUGAAAAAGGAGCUUUGCACUAAAAUCAGAGAAACACUUUCCAAACUCAGCAUUAGAGGAAGUGUCCUCACAGCCUUAUCUUAUAGUUUUAUAAGUGCUUUAAUUUAAUGUUCACAAAGUGCUUUACAGUUUAAAUAAAACUAAAAAUCAGAUUUUAUAACACAAAGGGCUCACAGAUGGAAAAAUAUCUGAUCCCAGGAAAACCCUUAACUCACAGUCCAAUAACACGGUGAUUAUUUGGAGCUGGUUUUAUGGUGAUGUCACUCUGUCAUGUUAACGUGUUAGACCAUCUGUUAUUCAGCUGUCAAACCAAAGAUUCCUGAUGCAACAGGACAGAGUUUUAGGCCACAGAUGUAAUGACGAUGGACAUUGCCAUAAUUUCUUUUCCCAGGCACACAUUUGUGACCUACUUUUAGGCCUUGACCCACCUGUUGAGAACCACUGAAUCCACCAUGUAGAGCAGGGGUCAUCAAGUACUUCUGCACAAGGGCCAGAUUUAUUCUUGUCAGAGUCUCUGAGGGCCAGAUGUUCAAAUAAAAAAAAAAUUAAACCUC